CUUUUCUUUCUUUGUGUGUUAUGAGUAUGUAUGACCUCUUUUCUUGUUUCCCCCCUGUGAACAGGCAUAUUUAAGACCAGCAGUCUUCAGCUCCCCACACAGGAUCCGCAGACUGAGACCAAGAAAGAAGAACAGAAGGUCUUUAUCAGAGGUUAAGGCUCCGUGAUGAAGGCGCUUACUGUGCCUCUGCUUGUGUGCACCAUGAUGGCUCUUGCCCAAGUUUCUUCUGUCCCUGCAACUGUUCCAGUUUACAGUAAUAUACCCUUGACAGAUGCUCCUCCUGUACCAGAGGACCCUUUUGGUGGCUGGGUUCCAUCUUGCCCUGAUGGAUGGAGUAUGCACAGUCAACAGUGCCUCCUCUUUGUUCCAAGAUACAUGACCUGGGCUGAGGCUCAAAGAAACUGUCAGUCUCGUGGAGGACAGCUUGCAUCUGUGUAUAGUGCCAGUCAAGCUUACGAGAUUCAAAAGGAGGUGCAGCGUGCUGGACGUGGCUAUGGACAGUUUUGGGUUGGAGGCCAUAAUACUCCAGCGAAUCCUUCCUGGUCCUGGAGUGAUUAUAUGGGCGUGUCUGCUUUUGCUGAGUUUUGCAGAGGACAGGAAGCUAAACAUAAGCACCACUGUUUGCAGAUAACUUUUGGUGAAGGAAAGGCAGGAUGCUUGGAUGACAAGAAGUGUGAGACUAAGCUCCCAUCAAUCUGUGGUAGCCUUAUCAUGUGAUCUCAUCACUAAUGCAAACCAAUACUUCAUCAGUAAAAACACUGACGUGUUUUUCAGCUAUUGAGUCUUUCUUGGUAUUUCUGUUCUGUUGCUACAGCAUAAGGGAUCAAAUGACACAUACAAUAAACUGCAGAACGAUUUUAUGUUUGGAAAGUCUUUAAAAAUAAAAGAAUGCUUUCACACAAUGUACACAUUUGUUUUGGAAAGUGGACUGUAUUUCAUAUUCUUAUGUAAAUUAAAACACUAAAGCAUUGAAAGAAA